UAAUCGGCUUAUUUCGAAACGUAAAGUUCACUUGUUCAUUCAAACUCGUUGUUACUGUCUAAAUAUUUCGACGUCAAAAGAUUUUAGGGAAAAUUAAGAAUGAUUAAAAUGAGAAUUCUUUUCGGCUUUAUAGCUUAUCUAGGAUUACUGAAAAUAUCUGUGAAUGCGAGAGUUGCAGACCAACCGUCAUCAGUACAAUCAGUCGUUAAUCCAGACAAAGCCGAAUACAGAGCAAAUGUUAUUGGAACGGAAAAACAUAAAUUUGGCUAUGAACUGGGAGAAAACAAACAUUUUCACCACACAACAACCGACGAAGACGGAGUCAGGUUGGGAUGCUAUGGACACGUACUUGAAGGGAAAAAAUAUUCAACCCAGUAUGUUGCUGACAUGAAAGGCUAUCGACCUGUUCAUACUCAUGAUUUGAUAACAGUCUACCCCAGGUCCGGCGGUGAAAGAAAAGCUUCGUUCAUACGCUCGUUUAGCGAAGAUGAAAUUUUAAGUCAGAAUAUAAGAUUUUUCUUCCCCGAUGGCUGCAAAGCGAAGGAGGAAGAUUUGAUAACAGCAUCAUCAAGACACGUGCCUGUCGUUGUGGCUCCACCACCUACGAAGACAUUUGUUCUAGCUCCACCACCACCCACAACAACACGAGCACCAACAACACGAGCACCAAUAACUCCGAUACCAACAACACGAAAGCCAAACUGCGUUUGUACGUGCUCUUAGAUUUCCUUUCGAAGGAUUCAGUAAUAAAUGUGUUCGAAGAUGAUGUCACGUUACACGAUUAUAUCAUCAGAAUUCAUUUCUCAAUGUUUUUGAUUCAUUGUUUAAUCUAUCAAUGCUAAGAUUGCUGCCAUUCAUUUUCUAUCUAAUCCCCAAUUACUUGGCAGCUUUAGAGAAAUUUAUCAAUAAAAUAUAUUUAAAAGAUUCUCCGACAACC